UCGAUCUCAAGAGUGAUAGGUACGGAUAUAUGUUAACAUUCUGUGAUGAACAGUCUCCUUGUCCUCCCGUGGUCUUCCUCUAUGCGAAGAUGAGCCUCCAUCGUUACAAUUUCGUCAAGGGUACACAGUUUGAGCUGAUUGGCGUACAGAAAUACGUUAAGACCUCUAGUUCUGCUGCUGCUUCAUACUACAUUACUUUGGAUGCAACUGAUCCCGCCACUGGUUCCCUUCAAACUUUCCAGAAUAUAGUAUCAGAAAUCAGUUUUGGCAGAUUUAUGCUGUCUUGCAAUAUUGCAAGAAUUAAAGGGGAACCAAGAGAUGGCAGAGGAUUUUUGAGGAGGCCAGAUAUUCGAGGUCUAGGGGGACCAAGAGAUGGCAAAGAGUUUUUGAGGAGGCCAGAUAUGAGCUUACCUAAGUGCCCGUCAGAGAAUCCUUUUGAAACAUAUUACCUAGUGAAGGAAUCUGAGCUGCAAGAGAAUUCCUGGAUUCGUCUCUAUUUGGAACUUGCUGUUGCCAAAACUGAUAGGCAUUGCAAAGCUAAGGGUGCUGGUCUCUCCGACUUGGAGAUUGUAGACGUGGCCAUUGAUGCUGCCAAUGAUGAGGAAGGACUCUAUGCCAAUAAUGCUCUUUUCUACAUAAGGUACAGGGACUUGUACAAGGCUACCCUUGGUGAGCCUCUUGAUCGCAUUGCUAUUGUUAGAAGAAGCUUUGAUAAGCCUACCGGAGGCUUCCGUCUCGUCGGUCAUGCUAUGAGUUCCGAUGUUAUACCAAAUCACCGUAAGAUUGCUAACGAGGAGGAUACGGGAUGCUCCAGUUUCAAGGGUCAGUCCACAGAACUUCCAACUCAAAUCUCUUCACCUCUAGGUGCCUCUGAGGAUCAUGAAGCGGCUAAUCAGCUAGCUGGCUAUGAUUAACUUGAGAGAUGAAGAA